AUGGGGAUACAAGGAUUGCUACAAUUUAUCAAAGAAGCUUCUGAACCCAUCCAUGUGAGGAAGUAUAAAGGGCAGGUAGUAGCUGUGGAUACAUAUUGCUGGCUUCACAAAGGAGCUAUUGCUUGUGCUGAAAAACUAGCCAAAGGUGAACCUACUGAUAGGUAUGUAGGAUUUUGUAUGAAAUUUUUAAAUAUGUUACUAUCUCACGGGAUCAAGCCUAUUCUCGUAUUUGAUGGCUGUACUUUACCUUCUAAAAAGGAAGUAGAAAAGUCCAGAAGAGAAAGACGACAAGCCAAUCUUCUUAAGGGAAAGCAGCUUCUUCGUGAGGGGAGAGUCUCAGAAGCCCGAGAAUGUUUUGCCCGCUCUAUCAAUAUCACACAUGCGAUGGCCCACAAAGUAAUUAAAGCUGCUCGGUCUCAGGGAGUAGAUUGCCUCGUGGCUCCAUAUGAAGCUGAUGCGCAGUUGGCCUAUCUCAACAAAGCUGGUAUUGUCCAAGCUAUAAUUACAGAGGACUCUGAUCUCCUAGCUUUUGGCUGUAAAAAGGUGAUUUUAAAAAUGGACCAGUUUGGAAAUGGACUAGAAAUUGAUCAGGCUCGACUAGGAAUGUGCAAACAGCUUGGGGAUGUGUUCACGGAAGAGAAGUUCCGUUACAUGUGCAUUCUUUCAGGCUGUGACUAUCUCCCAUCACUGCGUGGAAUUGGAUUAGCAAAGGCAUGCAAAGUACUGAGACUAGCCAAUAAUCCAGAUAUUAUAAAGAUUAUCAAGAAAAUUGGACAUUAUCUCAAGAUGAAUAUAACAGUACCAGAAGAUUACAUCCAAGGAUUUAUUCGAGCCAACAAUACCUUCCUUUAUCAGCUAGUUUUUGAUCCCAUCACAAGGAAACUAAUCCCUCUGAAUGCCUAUGAAGAUGACAUUGAUCCUGAAACACUAAGCUAUGCUGGGCGGUAUGUUGAUGAUUCUAUAGCUCUUCAAAUAGCACUUGGAAAUAAAGAUAUAAAUACUUUUGAACAGAUCGAUGACUACAAUCCAGACAUUGCUAAGCCUGUCCAAUUAAGAAGUCAUAGUUGGAAUGACAAAACAUGUCAUAAGUCAUCUAAUGUUAAUAGCAUUUGGCAUAGGAAUUAUUGUCCUAGACUAGAGUUGGAUAUUGUUUCAGACGCUACACAAUUGAAGGAAAAUUCAAAUACUGUGGGAAUUGAACAAGUGAUUAGUACUAAAGGGUUAAAUCUUCCAAGGAAACCAUCCAUUGUGAAAAGACCAAGAAGUGAAGAGCUGUCAGAAGAUUAUCUGUUGAGUCAGUAUUCUUCUUCAUGUACAAAGAAGUCCAAGAAGAAUAGCUGUGAAGGUAAUAAAUCAUUAAACUUUACUGAAAUGUUCGUGCCUGACCUGGUAGAAGGAACUACCAACAGAAAAAGCUUAAGCACUCCACCGAGGACAAGAAAUAAAUUUGCAGCAUUUCUGCAGAGAAAAAAUGAAGAAAGUGGUGCAGUUGUGGUUCCAGGGACCAGAAGCAGAUUUUUUUGCAGUUCUCUGGAUUCUGCUGACUGUGUAUCAGAGAAAGUGAGCAACCAGCCUCUAGAUGAAACUGCCCUCAAGGAUAAAGAGACCAACCUAAAUGAAUCAGAUCACCUAGACCUAGAAGGCAAGAAGCUGGUUGACACAAAUGUAGUACAUGAUUCAAGUGAUCAGAUUCCAGAUAAUGGAACAGUGUUUACUGAUGAAGACUCUCAGUCUUUUAAGACCAGCAACUUCACAAGGACCAUUUCACCACCCACUUUAGGGACACUACAAAGUUGUUUUAGUUGGUCUGGAGGUCUUGGAGAUUUUCCAAGAACUCCGAGCCCCUCUGCAAGCACAGCAUUGCAGCAGUUCCGAAGAAAAAGUGAUUCCCCCACCUCUCUUCCUGAGAGUAGCAUGUCUGAUAUAUCUCAGCUAAAGAGUGAUGAGUCAGGGGAUGAAUCUUAUCCCUUACAUGAAGCAGGGUUUUCACAGUCCCAGGGAAAUGUAGAAUUAUCACUGCACAGCUUAAACGCGUCAAAACUUUCUCAGUCUUCUAGUAAGGAUUCUGAUUCAGAGGAAUCUGAUUGUACUAUUAAAUCACCAGAUAAUCAAGGUAAUCAGGCCUCCAAGCUACAUUUAUCUCAUUUUUCAAGAAAAGAUUCAAUUCUAAGGAACAAGGUUCCUGGGCUAUACAAAUCUAGUUCUAUGGAUUCUCUUUCUACAACCAAGAUCAAACCUCUAGUACCUGCCAGAGUCAGUGGGCUGAGCAAGAAGCCAGCAGGCAUCCAGAAGAGAAACCACCAUAAUGCAGAGAACAAGCCAGGAUUGCAAAUAAAGAUCAGUGAGCUCUGGAAAAAUUUUGGAUUUAAAAAAGACUCUGAAAAGCUUCCGUCUUGUAAGAAGCCCCUGUCUCCAGUCAAAGAUAACAUCCAACUAACUCCAGAAGCAGAAGAGGAUAUAUUUAACAAACCUGAAUGUGUGCGUGUUCAGAGAUCAAUAUUCCAGUAA